CCUUCUAUUGUGAGCGAGGUGAAACGGCCGGAGCGAGAUCUCAGGGAAGGAGCAGUGUACGGCCGGCGGUUGCGACGAUCGCCUCCUCCAAGCUCACACGAGCCUAGCUCCUUUAUAAACCGCGUUAUAAAAUAAUUCGUAUUUUUUGUUCUUUUACGAGAUCCGUGACUGUGACAGCUGAUCGACAUGUCGGUCAAACUCACGCUUUCUUUGGUCUUCGCUGUACUCGCGGUAGCUCAUUGUGCGAACAUUUUAGAUUUCCUGAACUUAGAAGAGGCUAAGAAACUCAUAGAACCGGCGGCGCCAGAACUUAAGAACGAAGAGCUGCCGUCCUGUAAGUGGAAGUGCAAAGGUCCAGCAUGCGCCUGCUGCAUCGAGAAGAACAUCACUUCUUAUGACCCCGAAGGAGCAAAAUGCGUACACAUGAGGUAUCUCUCCAAAGAUGAAGGAUUCUUCGUGCAGGUUUCACACGGCAAGAAAGUUGACUACGAAAAAAUUCAACCAUCAAAUCCCGAACCACUAUGCCUUGUGCUGGGCGUGUUCUUCCAAAUGUGCGCCACAUUCAACAAGAUGGCAGUGACCGCGGAUGGUCUGCAAGGCUGCGUGAACUUGGAACCUGGUACCAUCUUCGUAUCACAACGCAAGAUUCCACUCGGCUGCUUCAAGGCUAACGAAAGUUUAAUGGAAAUGUCGGAUCCACCAAAGGAAACAGCCGUGGAACCAGAAGAAAGCACAGAUGACAACACUGAAGACGGUGAAGAUGUUGAAUUUGAUCCGAAUAAGUUUUUCGCCGGAGUAUACCAAACUGCACAGCAAAGUAUUGCACUACUGAGUAGUCUUUUAGAGACACCUAGCAGUAACAGCACUUCUGUAAAACCAGUCAUUCCCACCGAAUCCAGCAGUUCCACGCCUCCAGAAAAUCCAACAGAGUCUUCACAAAGAAGAGGUCCCAAGAAUUUGAAACAUCCCAACUUAUUGUGAUAGUAUACUCGCGAGCAUUUAGUUAUGAAAUGCAUUUAAUUUAGAUUAUAACUUCUGUUCUCAAGCUUAUAAUGAAUCAGUAUCCUAUUUAUUGCUUUAAACUUUGUGAUGCAACUGACUAGUAAUAGUAAUAAAAUAAUGUUGAGGGUU